AUGCCUGCUUCUCUCCAUUCCCGUCUUGCUUCCGUUGAGGCGUCUAUCGAGAAGGUCUCAGGCCUGAUACGUCGUCUAUACUCCUUUGGCAGCUCAGAUACCCAUGAUGACGAUGAACGUAUCAAUCUAAGUACCGAGAUCCAUCAGGACCUCGGGGAAAUAGAAGAAGAGAUGGAGGUUCUGCGCGUGGAGACUCAUCCUCUUGAUCGAAGGCGAUAUCAGCGCCGCGAGAGUGUCCUCUUUGACGCCGAGGCAGGCAGGGCUAUGGCUCUCAUGGCGAAGAUAGAGGAGGAUUUAAAAAUGGCUCGAUCAAAGUUCAGACGAGCUCAGAUAGAAGCUAAGCGGAGUUCGGAAAAGGCAAAGAAUAGACAGAGACAGCUCCUCUUUCAACCCUCUGCGGAGGGGGAGGAUGUGCCGAACAGGAGAACACCGAGGUUUACACAUGGCGACCUUGUUGCAAGCUCGUCCAAGGAUGUUACUGCUGCAUUACGACAAACACAUCAUCUCAUGCAGGCGGAGCUUUCAAGGAGCCAGUUUGCUCAAGAGGCUUUAGAACAAUCAAAUAAAGCGUUGAGUUCGCUCUCAGAAUCGUACACCAACCUGGAUACGUUACUUGCGUCAUCCAAAUCUCUCGUGAGCUCACUUGUUCGCUCUCAAAAGUCAGAUACAUGGUAUCUCGAAACGGCAUUUUAUAUUUUAAUAGGAACCAUAUCAUGGCUCAUCUUUCGACGGUGGCUCUACGGCCCACUUUGGUGGAUAGUCUGGCUCCCUCUCAAAAUCGCUGCUAGAAUCACGUUUACUAUAUUUGGAGUUUCUAGCGGUGUAUCGAUGGCAGGUUCUAAGUCUGUUGUACCGACUAAGCCUUUGAUGACAACUAACAUGGGCGCGACUGCGACUAAUUCUCUUUGGAACCCUGACACUACUAAGAAAGCUGAUGUUAAUGGUAUACCUGACAUGGCCGAAGAUAUUAAAAGCUGGACGGGGGCGGAUAAUGCAGCGGAGGAGAAUGAGCGGCCUACAACCAUACCCAAUGGUCCAAAGGUAUAUCCUAAUCCUAAAAAGAGGAUGUGGGAGGGUCCUCAUGGGCAUGGGGAUGAACUCUAG